CAGGCGGUGCAAUCUGGCAACCCAGUGUGAAUGAAAGUGUGUGUUAUGAAAGUGAAGUGAGGUGUGCACUGAGCUUCACUCCCGCCUACCACAGCGCUCAGGAUCUCCACAGGAUCUCCGCGGGAUCUCUUUGUAAAUGAGGCUCUCCAGCAACGUCCGACAUUUUCCGUAAGUAGGCUUUAGCAAACUGCUUCUCUACACACAGCUUGCUCCGGGAAUCUUUCUGGUAAACGUUUGGACUUUGGGAUCCUGGAUGAAGUUACAGGCUGUUUGCAGUAUCCAGAUCAACAUGCUGCAAGGGCUGAAGGCCUGAGUGCUUUAAGUCAUGGCAUCGCGGGGCGGCUCAGAUGCUCCCACUGCGGAUGAGAGGGGCGUCCCGCUGGAUAUCGAUGACGUCCACAUGCUUCUGCAAGUGGAACAGGAGCAGGUUCAAAAGAGGACAUUCACUAACUGGAUCAAUGCUCAGCUUUCGAAGAGGAGCUGUGCUUCCUUGGUGCAGGACCUAUUUUCAGACCUCCGUGAUGGAGCUCGAUUGCUGGACCUGCUGGAGGUCAUGAGUGGCCAGCAGUUGAAACGAGAGAAAGGCCAUGGAGUUUUUCAGCAGAGGGGAAAUGUUGAAACGGCUUUGAACUUCUUAAAAAAUAAAUCAAUUAAGCUGGUGAAUAUAAACAUCCCUGAUAUCAUAGAAGGGAAACCUUCCAUCAUUUUAGGCCUCAUAUGGACCAUUAUUCUACGCUGUCAUAUAGAGGAGUUAGCCAGCACUCUCUCCUUUGGUUCCCGUUCCUCGUCUCUGGAUUCCCUGUCCAGUGUGGAUUCAGCUCCUGGAACCCCUGUACGAGGCAGCCCUGUUCCACAGAGAGCAUCACCCCUCCACACACGCUUUCGCCUUUCUGCUAAAAAGGCCCUGCUCCUGUGGGUGCAAGACCAGUGCCAGAAAGUGGGCUGCUCAGUCAGUGUAAAAGAUUUCAAAUCAAGCUGGAGGAGUGGUGUUGCAUUCCACGCUAUCCUCUGCUCCUUGAGGCCGGACCUAGUGGACAUCUCCCUAACUGAGAUGAGGAGCAACCUUGAAAACUUAGAGGAGGCAUUCCGCAUAGCUCAGCAGGAGCUGGGAAUACCCAGACUGCUUGAACCUGAGGAUAUUGAUGUCAGUCACCCAGAUGAGAAGUCCAUAAUGACAUACGUAGCCCAGUUCCUGCAGUACUCCAAUGAUAUGCCCUCAGUUGAUGAUGAUCUUGAGCUGCAAACUUUUGUUUUUCCUACAUGUUUUUCUCCUGUCAACCUCCCCACCUACUGCACACCUGCUGUUCUGGCUUCCGCUCUGCAUCAGGCAUCACCCAAUCAGAAGAUCAGAGAGAUGACUUGUUGGCUUCAGCGAGCCUAUCAGGAACUGUUGGAUGUGUGGUCCUCCACAGAGAGAGAGGGGUAUAGCAGACGGUAUCAGGCAUUCCAGACCUUUGUGGGGUCGUUCUAUGAACAGCGGCGUCCGGUGAUUCCAAUGAUGAGUGCAAUGAGACGUAGCACCAAACUCAGCGAGGAGCAGGUUGCCCUAAGACAGGCCUGGGACAAUAUGGAGGACAGGUUACAGAGAUACAGAACUGAGCUGGAUGUAGCUUUACCUGCUCCUUUACACACUUUGGCUCAGUGGCUACAGAGAAUGGAGGCAAUACUGUCUGAGGAACAGGGCGACUCAGAUGACCAUGCAAGUGCUGCCCGAAAUGCCAGAGACAAGCAAGAGCAGCUCAAGGCAUUGUCAGCAGACAUGAGUGGCCACUUGGAUACACUUCAUCUGUUCACCAACACAGAUGAAGAUGGUUAUUCUCAGAUUCCUGUUGAAAAACUUGAUGAACUCAAGAGACGUUUCACCAGUGCCAGAGUGACAGCAAAGUUCCAUGGCAUCAAGUUGGAGUACUGGGAGCACUGGCACCACGUCUGUGAGCUUUUAAGCCAUCUCAAGAGCAAGCUGAAUAGCUGGAAAGGACCAUAUGGCCCUCAGGAGUUUGUGCUGUCCCUGCUGCAGGACUGGGAUGAUACCAUGAAGAAACAUGGCCUGGUGUCCAUAUUAAAAACAGCGCUCCACAAGCUGAAAGAUACUGCCAGCACAUACACUGGCAAGGCAGCCCUGUCAGAGGACUCUGGGACAGUGAGCAGACAGGUAAAGGAGGCUGAGAGUGAAGCAGCAGUGAGCGCAGAAGAAGCAGACACUUUAAGGGGCACUUUGGACCGUGUGCUGGCAGCAUGGGAAUCAUACAAGCACUGCUUCCACUCACUACACGUCUUCUUGGGACAGUCACAGGCAGGGAGCAAGGUCACUGAUAGCCUGUCAGAAUGGAGCUCUCUCCAGGCCCAGCUAAAUGAAACAGGAAACUUUUUGAUUGAGGUGACAGACAGCUCCACCAGCUCCUCUCUAGCAAAUGAGCUUGGUAAACUCAACAGAAGAUGGGCAGACUUCAUCAAGCGGACCAAGUUUGCAGUGCCAUCACAACAGGUUAGCAGCACAGCCCCAUGUGCUCAGGCCGCACAGCGCCUAGUGCAGGAAGCAGGCUGGACGCUGAGAGAGGCCAUAGAGGUGUCUUCUGAAGCACUGCACACAUACAGGAAGCGACUGCAGGCCAUGGUGAAGAAAAUUUCAGACUUAGACCUGAAUCUAUUAUCUCCAUCUCCUGGAUUUAGUGAAGAGACACUAAAGAAGCUGAAACACUCACUUCCAGAGAUGAAGCAGGCUCUGGGUGAGGCAGAGCAGGCAUGUGGGGAGCUGCAGAAGACAGCAUCCCAGCUGGAGGGUAGGCUUGCUGAGUUGGGUCACUGGAGCACUGAGGCCAUGGAAGUUUGCCAACAUUUGAGAGAAUGGCAACACAGAGGCCACCAAGGGCCUCACCCUAGAGCCAAAGCACUGAUUAGCAGAGGGCUGCAGCUGGAGGCACAGAUGGUGACGGAAGGACAGGAUCUGCAAGCUUUGCUGGAAAAACUGCAAGAGAACUCCUCCCUGCCCUUUCUCAGUGUGCGUGCCCUACAGGAAAGAGUGAAGCACACUGUCAAAAACUCUAAGGAGAUCAUAGAGAUGCUUACUUCUAUAGGAGUAAAGCAUGAGGGACAGACUGAAGUUGAUCAGCCACCUCCAAAAGUUAUUGUUCGUGCUUACAAUGUCCCAGAGCCCCAAGCAGGAACCUUCCAGGAAUGUGAAGCUCAAACCUCCAAACCUAAGAAACCCUCUCAGAAGACACUAACACAGUCUCAACACCAGCAGAGUCCUGGCUGUUCUCAGCAGACAGCCAAAACUGGCAUUAAAUCCCAGGUGCUUUCUCAGGCUGAUCCUCAAUAUCAGCCACAUGAUCAGUCUAGUGUUCUACUGAGAGCUGAAGACAUAGAUACCAUGCAGAACCAAGCUUUUCUGCCAUAUCCCCCUGGAAAAGAAAUCCAGAUGGAGCUUCAAACUGAGGAUCAGGUGUCACCUGUACGCCUGAGUCAAACCAGGACCAGAGUGUCAUCAGAAUGGCCUCAGCAGUUAUCAGAGUCAUCCAGCAGCACUGUCGUUCAGUCAGUUACCUUACAUCAACAACAUCCUGCCUCUGAAUCUAAAUAUAAGUGUCAAGAUGUAAGUGUUAACCCACUACAGCACCAUGGGCUCUUGACCAAGGCUUCUAGCCUUCCCCAGUCCCUGGAGACAUCACACAUGCAUGUAAAGACACCAGCACCUGCCCAAAUUCAGCUACAUGCACAAGGAAGCACACAGAGGCACACCCAGCUUGGUAUAUCACCCCACACUCCACAACAAGCCCAGGCUUGGCCUGAAGCUCUUAGCCCAAGCAUACAUCAGCGUCAACAAGGCCAAGGUAAUGCCCCAAAUCCUCGCCACGUGCCAGGGCAGAGCGAGGUGUUUUCCCGAGCUCAGGCUAUGGCUAAGAGUAGGAUGAACAAGGCCAAACAGCAUCUGCAUCAACACAUAGAGGAGGUCAUCACCAUAUUCAGCAACAGAAUCAUAUCUAAAGAGCAGGCCAGGAGGAAGCAGGGUGCACUACGAAGGCUUAAUCCAGCAGUGUUAGACGAAUUCCUGGGAGCUGUGGAAGGUCUAGGGGCCUUUUGUUCUGAAACCCAGCUCCAAGACCUGGAAAAACUUUCUCUGUCUGUCAGGGCCCAGUGGGAGGAUGUCUGUUCAGCAAUAGAGUCCUUUCUGCCUGAAUUGUGGCGAGAAGUUGAGCGAAGGCAGUCAAUUAAUGUGGCUCUUUUGAGGCAUGACAUAGACACUAACACAGAAAUUCCAGCCUGUGAUCCAGACCAAGUGUGCAGUGAACAGGCAUGCUCCUUAGUAGUGAAGCCUCAAGAGCGUCUGGAUGCACUUUACGAGCUUAGUAAUACUCUGAGAUCACCAGCAAGCUCCUCUAUGACCACCAGCCAGUUGACGGAGUGUGACGGCAAACUGGAGACUGUCCGCUACACAGUUAGUCCAAGCAGCAGCAUAGAGCCGUCCCAGCACCGCAGAGAGGGAGCAGUGAGGAGAGAGCCUGAGCUGCAUGCUGACCAAACACUAAGCCGGGCUUAUUCACAGGGCAUUGUACAUACUAACAGUGUGGAGACCAAACAGACAGCAGAGAGGACAGUCAUCCACACUCCAGAAAAACAGGAAGUGGGGGAGUCCCUACAGGAAGCUCACAGCAGUUACACAGCUGCCCAAUCAGCAUUCAAACAGCAGCUGCAGAUGAAUAGUGAGCAGCUCAGCACAGAUUUCCUUACCGGCUCCAGCCUCUCACCUCUCACCAUGAACAAACACCUCCAAGAUCUCCAGGUCCUGAGGCAGCAGACAGAGGCUUUAUGGUUUGAAUUUGAACUCCAGAGCUCUUCACACAUGGAGGAUGGCAACAGUGUUGACAAAGACAGAGUAGAGCUCAUUGAGCAGUGGAGGGGACAGCAGAUUUGCCUUCAUGCCAGGAUGAGGUCACUCAAGAGUGCUUUGGAGUUGUUGGAGCCAACUGAUAUUAGUAUCAAACGGAUCUCUGAUCAGCUGGACGAAAAUAUUAGAAAAACUUUGGACAUCACAGACUUUGCCCUCACAGAUUUCACAACAAUUUAUGGAGACACAAAGCUGGUGGGGGAGCACAUUCAUAGAGAACUGAUGCUCCUUUCUGAGACAGAGAGUAAGGUGGCCAUCUCUGCGGUCCUGACUGAGACUGAGCUUCAAGCGCGUCUGCUAUUACAACAGAUCAUCCAGAGCUGUAAACAGCGCCUGCAGCUGCUCAACCAUCAACUAGCCGAAACACAGUCAGUGCUUGGUGCUCUGGAACACUUCUUGAGUUGUUUACGCCAGCUGAAUGACGAGGUUUCCACAGCUGAGAGCACAUCUCCAUUAACAGGAGCACCAGACUCCACUUCCAGACUGGUAUCCAUCAGAAAGAAGCUUCAGCAGGCUACAGAAGAAGCUGCACAGGUUGAUUGUAUGCUCAAGGAUGCUGGGAUGAGUGUGACUCUGGAAAAGAAACCAGGCAGCUGUCAGGAUUUGGUGGCCAGAUGUGCAACAGAGAUCAAGGCUCUGGAAAGGAGAGGAGUGCAGAGCAGCAAAGAAGAGGAGAAGAGGGAGCGGAUGCUGAGGAAGAAGAGGAAAGCCCUGCAGGUCACACUGAAUGAGGUGCAAGGAUUAAUGGAAAGACAGGGCCUGAAGGAGCCCACUCUUCCUGCCCUGCAAUACAGAUUGAGAUUUUUGACAGACAUGGAGAGUAAAGUAGCUGAUGUGCACUCAGACAUCCAGAAUCUGAGAGACAUAUCUGCUCAGACAAACACUUCAGAGGAAGGCCUCAGAGAGCUGGAGGUCCAGUGGGAGGAGAUCCACAAAACACUUGGUGAAAGUCAAGAGGAAUGUCUUUCCCUGACCGAGCUGCUGAAGAGGUUUCAGAGCUGCCGUGCCCACCUUAAUAACACCCUGCAGAUUAGUGAGCAGACCAUAAGUGAGCAGGCCUCCUACAUGGGCAAAGAAAAUCUUCAGCGUCUGAUCACCAGGGUAAGCAGCAUUAAAUCAGACCUGAAUGCUCUUGGAGAUGGUGUGGAGGAGUUCAGAGCUGUGUGCAGGCAGCUGCACUCUCAGAUGCGAAAUAUCCCAGACUGCUCAGAUGCUCCAUUCGAGAGUGAGGCGGAUGCACUCAUGGACCGCUGGCUAGAUGUGAGCGAGAGGACAGACUGCCAUUUUGAGAAUCUGCAGAUUGGGAUGUCAUUGUGGGAUAAGCUUCUCUUGUUGGCUAGGGAGGUGGAAAGCUGGACCAACAACAAACUGAAGACCUUUGCUCAGUCACACCCAUUUCAGACAGAACAGGAAGUUCUUGCUAUGCAGGAGGAGCUGAGGACACAGGAGGAAAAUGUGGAACAUUUCCAUCGCAGGUCUGCCGAGAUCAAGGACAUUCUGCACAUCAGUGAACCCCCCCUGGAGCUACAGGUGACUGAGAGUCAGCUGAGGAAAAGAAUGGAAGAAGUGAAGGAGCUGUUCACUGAAACAAGUGAUGUCUUCAGAGAGCUGGUGGCUGCCAAGGCUCAGGUCACAGCCAGGAUGACAGACUGCAUGUCCUCCAUACAGAUGAUAAAAGAUGCCCUGAGCACACUUGCUGCAUCUGAGGGCCCGCAGCUAAUCCGGGAUAUCCAGGUCUUAUCAGAGAAACUACACCUAGAAACUGAGCAGGCAGACACUCUGAUACAGCAGGUUGCCUUGUUGGCCAGUGUGGCCAGCCCAGAAAGCUUGUGGUCUCUUACUGAGGAUGGGGCUCAGCUACAGGAAAACAUCUCUGCUGUCAAAGACAUGAUCAUUCUGAAGAGAGAAGUAGCAGAGAGCCUCAAUAAGCCACAACAGGUCAAAUAUGCUCAAGUCAUGGAGUCAGAGGAUCUUCGUUCCCAAGUCACAGUUCAGAAGAGCCAAGAUCCUCCACCAAGGAAAAGUGAUUUCAGCAACACUCAGGGACAUCUGGGUCAAUCUUCAUCUGACAUCUUUCCCAAAGCAAAAGAGCUACUUGAGGAUUCAUCAGACCAUGAAGACUUCUUUAAAGAUUUGCAGAACUUCAAACACCUGGCAGAAAGAACAGAAGACUGGCUUAAAAGAUUACAGCAGUUGGUUGACACUCAGGAAACAGAUACUCAAAACAUCCCUGUUAAAACUAAGGAGAGACUGCAGGAACUGCAGGUGAAAAAAGAUGUGGUGUUGGACCUGAGGGCUGAAGGAGACAGCAGGUUGGAGAAGCUAAAGGUCAGAGGUCAGGCACUGCUCCAGAGACACAGUGAUAGAGGGGGAAGAGACUUACAGGAUGUCCUAUGCAUACUUAGAGAUGCAGAGUGCCAGUGGGAUUCUGUGUUGCAGUCUGCAGUUGAGCAGCACAGACUUCUACAGGGUGUUAUUGAGCACUCCUCCUCUGGUCAGCACCAGCGACAGCAGGUUGAGACCAGGCUGCAGCAGCUUCAGGAGCUACAAGAGCAAAUUGCAGCCCUACCUGCUCUUUUUCCCUGGCCAGGUUUGACUGAGAGGAAGACAGUUGUGGAGCAGGCUCAUUGUCUUCUGGAGAAAGCCAAAGCCCUGGGCUCUGACAUUACAGCACUGAAAUUUCAGAUGAGGGAGCAGCCCCAGUUAACACAAGACCCAACCUGGACUGAUCUGCCCUGGGAUAACCUGGAGAACAGUGCCUCCAGCUUGGUCAAACAAAUCAGUGAUGCAUGUGGUGGUCUGGAUGAGAGCAUUCACAAAGAAAGGCACUGCAGCCUUGUGCUAAAGCAGUGCAGUGAAUCCCUGGACACUCUGCAGAAGGAAAUGCUCAUAUCCUCACAAAAAGACCAGAAGUCUAAAUUGGACACUCUAGAAGCCAUGAUUCAGGCUCUGGGUCAUGAAGGCAAGAAUCUACAUGAAGUCAAAAUACUGACCACUUCCCUGCUGAGGAGCUGCACUCCGGAAGGUCAGACAGCCAUGACUCAGGAUGUUCAGACACUGCUCAAUAAGCAGACAAUGCUUGAGAAGUCCAUUCACAAACAGCUUGACCAUUUGCAAAGCCAAAAGGUCGGAGAAACAGGUUUUGAAAUGGUUGCUCACAAUAUAGAGGAUGGUAUGGAAAGAAGAGAUAGCAGAAUUACACCUAAUCAAGUCAGCAAAAUGGAACAGCAUAUGAAAUGUUUAUCAAGUGAAACUGAACAUCCCCUGAGCAUCAUGAAAGACAUGACAGAUUAUGGACAGUGCACUGAGAUAAGUGGUUUGCCCACUGGUGCAGAUCAUCAACACACAGUUGCUGCUCCUAAACCUGUGUUUAACAUUGUUUUGGAAACUAAGCUUUCUACAUCCAAUCAAGAAAGUUCACUGUUCGAUUCUGUAGAUUCUACUUCUCAACAAAAUUUAACCAAACCUAUUUCAUUUUUUACUAUACGCCAUGAUCAGGCAACUAAAAGAGAAGAGGAAAAUGUAAAACACAAUAAUGACAUUACUCUAGAGGGACUGCAGUCAUCCUCAGAAUCAGUACAACCAGUUCAGACUGGAAAUGCUCUUUCUCCACUCACAAUUGCUGUUGGUGCAGAGAGUUCCUCUGGAGAUGCAGAUGUGUCAAGUCAACAGCCUUCGAAAUUACACAUGGACAGUGACAAGCGAAGUAGCACUGGGACUGCAAAAGUCUAUAAAACUAUUCAGGAUGUUGAUCAAUCAAUAUUGAAACCUGAUGGGCAGCAGUCAGUAGAGUCUCCCAAACACAAAGAUGCUAUUGAAUUCAGUUCUGACAAUCCCACUGAUAAUGCAACUGAAUUUACAUUGGGAAUGACAAAAAGUGAAGAGGAUCUUAUUCAGUCUUUGGACAGUCAAGAGAAAAUACAUCCAGCCACGCUUACAGAAUUAAUGCAAACAGGUCAGACUGAAAAUGCUCAUUCUCAAAAACUCCAAACCUCUGUUUGUACAGAAAGUUCCACUGGAGAUGCACAUUCGACAAGUCCUCAGCCUUCUGCAUUAACAGACAGGGACGUAACAGAUGCAAAUAUGCAGCAAAAUCAGAACGCUGAUACAACAAAAUUGAUUGAUGCCAGAUCUGUUUCUUACCAGCAAAAAACUGUAUCUAUAGAAUGGGACAGAGAGGACAGACAAGAGACUGCAAACUCAGCUGAUAUUUCACAUGAUCCAGUAUCAGAGGCUCUUGAAAUUUCUACACCAGAAAUUGACUGGUUGAAUCAGACACCUGAUGCAAACCAGCUUGAAUCUAGUAUGGUACUCUUGGACAGUAACAACCAAAGUGGCCUUGAAAUUACAAAAUGUUGUACUAUCAUUUGGGAUGUUGAUCAGCCUAUACUGCAGCCUGAUGGACAACAGUCACUGGAGUCUCCCAAAGCUGGAGAUACUAAUGAAUUCAGCUCUGAAAAUCUCACUGCUAAAGCGAAGGACAAAGGAAAAAGUGAGAAGGAUCCUAUGCAGUCAUUAGAUAGUCUAGAGAAAAUGCAGCCAACCUCACUUAUAGAAUCAAAGCAACCAGGUCAGACUGAAAAUGGUAAUCUUCAACAAAACCAAACUCCUGUUGGUGCAGAAAGUUUCUCUGGAGAUUCAGAUUUGUCAAGUCAACAAGUUUCAAGGUUAUCACACAGGGAGGUUACAGAAGUGGACCUGCUACAAAGUCAGGAGGUUCAUACAACAAAACUGACUGAUGCCGCAUCUGUUUCCUAUCAGCAAAAAAAUCUAUGUACAGAAAGGGACAGAGAGGACAGACAGGAUACCACAAAAUCAGAUAAGAAAAACAUGAAUGACCUGAGCACUGAACAGGCAAAAGCAGAAGAAGAUGUUAUUAUGUUUAGACAGGGAAUUGAACCAACACACAGAGAAGGUGAUGUUUCUCAUGGUCCAUUAUCAGAGGUUCUUAAAAUCUCUACAAGAGAAAUUGACUUGUCGAAUCAGAAACCUGAUGCAACUCAGCCUGAAUCUAUGAUGGUACACAUCGACAGUGAAAAGCAAAGUAGCACUGGGAUUGCAAAAGUCUGUAAAUCCAUUCUGGAUGUUGAUCAAUCUGUACUCAAACCUGACACAGUAGAAUCUCCCAAUGCUGGAGAUGCUAAUGAAUUCAGUUCUGACAAUCCCACUGACAAUUCAACAGACUCUAAAUCAAGAGCAACAAAAAGUGAAGAGGAUCUUAAGAAGUCACUGGACAGUCUAGAGAAAAUCCAACCGACUUCACUUUCAGAAUCAAUGCAAACAGGUCAGCCUGAAAAUGCUUAUUCUCAACAACUCCAAACCCCUGUUUUUACAGAAAGUUCCACUGGAGAUGCAGAUUUGUCAAGUCAACAAGCUUCGAUGUUAUCUGUCAGGCAUAUUGCAAACAUGGAUGUGCUUCAAAAUCAGGAAUUUGAUAUGAUAUCAGAGAUUAAUGUUAGAUCUGUUUCCUAUCAAAAAUCUCCUGUGUCUCCAGAUCAGCACCAACAACAGGGACAUGAGAGAGCCAUUCCAAAUGACAGAAAUGAACCAGAUACAGAACAGGCAAAAUCAGAAGAAGACACUAUUAGGUUCAGACAGGGAAAUGAACACACACAAGGAGAGGUUGAUUUUUCACAUACUACAGUAGAAGAUGUUCUUGAACUUACUAGAAGAGAAACAGACUUGUUGAGUCAGAUACCUGAUGCAAACCAGCCUGAUUCUGGUAUGGUACACAUGGACAGUGACAAUCAAAGUAGUCUUGGUGCUCCAAAAGUUUAUACCAUAAUUCUGGAUGUUGAUCAACCUGUAUUAAACCCUGAGAGGCACCAGUCAGCAGAUGAUAAUGAAUUUGAUCCUGAAAAUUCUACUGCUAAAUCAGAGGACUUUAAAUCAAAAAGAACAAAAUAUGACGAGGAUCUUACUCAGUCACUGAACAGUCUAGAUGAAAUGCGGUCAACUGUACGAACAGAAUCAGUGCAAGCACGUCAGACUAAAAAUGCUCAUCUUCAACAUGUCCAAACUUCUGCUGGUAUAGAAGAUUCCUGUGGAGAUGUAGAAGUGUCACAUCGUCAAGCUUCUACAUUAUCAGACGGAGAUUCUAUAGAGGCAGAUGUGCCACAACAUCAGGCAGUUUGUACAAAAGAACCUGAUGCCAUAACCAUUUCCUAUCAGCAAAAUUCUGGAUCUAUAGAUCAGGACAGAAAAGAGAGACAACAGCCAGCAAUUGGAAAUGACAAAAGCACAAAAGAACUGGACAGUAAACAGGCCAAAGCAGAAGAUAGCCAUUGUUCCAAGCAUUCCAGUUCUAUUAAGAAAAGAAAGAAGAAAAAGAGGGUGCUGAACACAGAUCUAACAAUUACUAAAGAAGACAGGAAGAGUGAAACAACAAUCUCCAAACAGAUGAGCGAAGGCAGCUCUCUGCAUCAUGAGACAGCUAGCACAAAGCAUCUCGAUACCACAGACACAACACCAGGUACUUUCACGGAAGAGGAUGUGCUGCAAAAUCAGAGAGUUGAUAUAGCAAAAGAUCUUGAUGGCAGAAAUGUUUCUUACCAGCUACACACUGUAUCUAUAGAUUCUGAUGCAGAAGACAGACAAGAGUCAGCAAACCCAAUUGCCAAAAGCACAAAUGACCCAGAAACUGAACAGGCAAAAGCAGUAGAGGAAACCAUCAACUUCAGACAAGAAACUGAGUACACACACAGAGAAAGUGAUAUUUCACAUGGUCCAGUACCAGAGGUUCUUGAAAUAUCUAGAACAGAAAUAGAACAGAAACAGGCAAAUACAAAAGAAGAUUAUACUACAUUCAGACAGGGAACUGAACACUCACACAGAGAAGCUGAUGUUUCUCAUGGUCCAAUAUCAGAAGUUCCUGAAAAGUCUACAACAGUAAUUGACUUGUUGAAUCAGACAACUGAUGCAACCCAUCCUGAAUCUAGUACACUACAACAGUGUACUAGAACAGAAAUAGACUUGUUGAGUCAGAUACCUGCUGCAAACCAGCCUGAUUCUGGUAUGGUACACAUGGACAGUGACAAUCAAAGUAGUCUUGGUGGUCCAAAAGUUUAUACCAUAAUUCUGGAUGUUGAUCAACCUGCAUUAAACCCUGAGAGGCACCAGUCAGCAGAUGAUAAUGAAUUUGAUCCUGAAAAUUCUACUGCUAAAUCAGAGGACUUUAAAUCAAAAAGAACAAAAUAUGACGAGGAUCUUACUCAGUCACUGAACAGUCUAGAUGAAAUGCAGUCAACCGUACGAACAGAAUCAGUGCAAGCACGUCAGACUAAAAAUGCUCAUCUUCAACAUGUCCAAACUUCUGCUGGUAUAGAAGAUUCCUGUGGAGCUGUAGAUGUGACACAUCGUCAAGCAUCUACAUUAUCAGACAGAGAUUCUAUAGAGGCAGAUGUGCCACAAAUUCAGGCAGUUCAUACAAAAGAACCUGAUGCCAUAACCAUUUCCUAUCAGCAAAAUUCUGGAUCUAUAGAUCAGGACAGAAAAGAGAGACAACAGCCAGCAAUUGGAAAUGACAAAAGCACAAAAGAACUGGACAGUAAACAGGCCAAAGCAGAAGAUAGCCGUUGUUUCAAGCAUUCCAGUUCUAUUAAGAAAAGAAAGAAGAAAAAGAGGGUGCUGAACACAGAUCUACCAAUUACUAAAGAAGACAGGAAGAGUGAAACACCAAUCUCCAAACAGAUGAGCGAAGGCAGCACUCUGCAGCACUCUGUUCAUUUCCCAAUAUCAGAAGAUCCUCAAAAGUCUACAACAGUAAUUGACUUGUUGAAUCAGACACCUGAUGCAACCCAUCCUGAAUCUAGGACACUACUCAUGGACAGUGAUGACCACAGUAGCACUGGGAUUGCAAAAGUCUGUAAAUCCAUUCUGGAUGUUGAUCAGCCCACACUGAAACUUGAUGGGCGACAGUCAGUGGAGUCUCCCAAAGCUAAUGCUAAUGAAUUCAAUUCUGACAAUCCCACAGACAAUUCAACAGACUCUAAAUCAAGAGCAACAAAAAGUGACGAGGACCUUAUGAAGUCACUGGACAUUCUAGAGAAAAUCCAACAGACUUCACUUUCAGAAUCAAUGCAAACAGGUCAGCCUGAAAAUGCUUAUUCUCAACAACUCCAAACCCCUGUUUUUACAGAAAGUUCCACUGGAGAUGCAGAUUUGUCAAGUCAACAAGCUUCGAUGUUAUCUGUCAGGCAUAUUACAAACAUGGAUGUGCUUCAAAAUCAGGAAGUUGGUACAAUAUCAGAGAUUAAUGCUAGAUCUGUUUUCUACCAAAAAUCUCCUCUAUUUUCAGAUCAGCCCCAGCAACAGGGACACGAGGGAGCAAUCCCAAAUGACAGAAAUGAACCAGACACUGACCAGGCAAAACCAGAAGAAGACACUAUUAGCUUCAGAAAGGAAACUGAAUACACACACACAGAAACUGAUAUUUCUCAUACUACAGUAGAAGAUGUUCUUGAGCUUAAUAGAAGAGAAAUAGACUUGUUGAGUCAGAUACCUGAUGAAAACCAAAGUAGUCCUGAAACUGCAAAAGUUUACACAAUCAUUCUGGAUGUUGGUAAGCCAAUACUGAAACCUGAGAGCCAGCAGGCAGCUGACAAAGGUAAUGAAUUCCGGUCUGAAAAUUCCCCUGUUAAUGCGACAGACUUUAAAAUAAGAACAUCACAAAGUGAGGAGGAUCUUAUGCAGUCACUGGACAUUCUACAGGAAAUGCAGUCAACCUUUCUUAUAGAAUCAGUACAACAAGUACAGACUGACAAUACCCCUUCCCAACUCCAAGCCUUGGCUGGUUCCUCUGGAGAUACACAAAUGUCAAAUACUCAGGCUUCUAUAUUAUCAGACAGGGACAUUACAGAUGUGGAUGUGCAAAAUCAGGAAUUUGAUACCACAAAAUUGUUUGAUUCCAGAUCUGUUUCCUACCAACAACACAUUCUAUCUAAAAAAUGGGACAGAGAGGACAGACAAGAUACCACAAACACAGAUAACAAACACAUGAAUGAUCCAGAUACUGAACAGGCAAAAGCUGAAGAUGAUGAUUCUGGGAUCGGACAGGGAAAUGAGCCCAUGUACAGAGAAGUUGAUAUUUCACAUGUUCCAGUAUCAGAGGUUCUUGAAAUUUCUAGGGUAAUUAAUAUGUUGAGUCAGAUAGCUGAUGCAAAUGAGUUUAAGUCUAGUAUGCUGUGCAUGGUGAGUGACAACCAAAGUAGCAUUGGAACUGCAAAAGCCUCUACCACUAUUUUAGAUGUUGAUCAAUCUGUAUAUCCAGGUCAGAUUGAAAAUUCUCAUCUUCGACAAAUUCAAAUCCCUGCUGAUACAGGAAGUUCCUCUGCAGAUGCAGAUUUGUCAAAUCAACAAGCUUCAAUGUUAUCUGACAGUGAUAUUACAGAAGUGGAUGUGCUGCAAAAUAAUGAAAUUGAUGCACUACAAUCGACUGAUGCCAGAUCUGUUUCUUACCUACAACACACGGUUUCUAGAGAAAGUGACAGAGAGGACAAGCAACACACCAACAAAACAGAUGACAAAAACAUGCAUGACCUGAGCACAGAACAGACAAAUGCAGAAGAAGAUUAUAUGACAUUCAGACAGGGAAUUGAACCAACACAAAGAGAAGCUGAUGUUUCACGUGGUACAUUGUCAGAAGUUCUUGAAAUUUCUACCACAGAAAUUGAGUUGUCGCAUAAGAUACCUGAUGAAAACAAGCCUAUUAUGGUAAACAUGAACAGUGACAAACAAAGUAGCACUGAGACUGCAAAAGUCUGUAAAACCAUUCAGGAUUUUGAACAAUCUAUACUGAAACCUGAUGGACAACAUUCAGUGGAGUCUCUUAAAGCUGGUGAUGCUAUUGAAUUCAGUUCUGAAAAUCCCAUUGAUAAUGCAAGAGAGUCUAAAUCAGGAACAACAAAAAGUGAGGAUCGUAUUCAGUCCUUGGACAGUCCAACCAAUCACAAAAACAAAAUCCAACCAAUCACACUUACAGAAUCAAUGCAAACAGGUCAGACUGAAAAUGCUAAUUCUCCACAACUCCAAACCCCUGUUUGUACAGAAAGUUCCACUGGAGAUGCAGAUUUGACAAGUCCUCAACCUUCUACGUUAUCAGACAUGGAUAUGACAGACAUGGAUGUGCUGCAAAAUCAGGAAGUUGACACAAAAAAAUUGAUUGAUGCCAGAUCUGUUUGCUACCAGCAAAACACUGUAUCUGUAGACAGACAAGAGACUGCAAACCUAGAUGACAAAAACACAAAUGACCCAGACACUGAUAUUUCACAAUGUCCAGUUCCAGAGGUUCUUGAAUUUUCUAGUACAGACUUGUCAAAUCAGAUACCUAAUGCAAACAAGUUUGAAUUUAAUAUGCCAUGCAUGAAAAGUGAAACCAAAAGUAGCCCUAGGACUGAUAAAGUCUGUACUAUCAUUCUGGAUGUUGAUGAGCCCAUACUGACACCUUACGAGCAAGAGUCUCCUAAAGCUGGUGAUUCUAAUGAAUUCGGUUCUAAAAAUCCCACUGCUAAUGCAAAGGACUCUAAAUUAGAAACAACAAAAAGUGAAGAGGAUCUUAUGCAGUCAUUAGACAGUCUAGAACAGAUGCAGUCAACCCUACUUAGAGAAUUAAUACAACCGGUUUUGACUAGAAAUGCUCAUCUUCAACAAGUCCAACCCCUUGUUGAUGCAGACAGUUCCUCUGGAGUUGCAGAUUUGUCAAGUCAACAAGCUUUGAUGUUAUCGGACAGAGAUGUUACAGAGUCAGAUGUGCUGCAAAAUCAGCAAGGUGAUAUAAAAAAAUUGAUUGAGGCCAGAUCUGUUUCCUACCAGAAUAACACUCUAAUUAUAGAAUGGGACAGACAGGACAGACAGGAUACUGCAAAACCAGUUGACAAAAACAUGAAUGACCUGGACACUGAACAGGUAAAAUCUGAAGAAAGCAAUAUUAGGUUCAGACAGGGAACUGAACCCACACGAAAAGAUGAUAAUUCAUGUAGUCCAGUUCCAGAGAAAUUUCAAGAAAUUUCUAUGGCAGAAAAUGACUUGUUGAAUCAGAUACCUGAUGCAACCAAGCAUGAUUCUAGUAUGCCAUACAUGGAGAGUGAAACCAAAAAUAGCAUUGGAACCGAAAAAGUAUGUACUGCCAUUUUGCAUGUUGAUCAUCCUAUACUGAAACCUGAUGGGCAGCAGUCAGUGGGGCCUACUAAAUCUGGAGAUACUAAAGAAUUUAUUGUUGAAAAUACCACUGACUAUGCAACAGACUCCAAACCAGGAACAACAAAAAGUGAAGAGCAUCAUAUGCAGUCAUUAGGCAGUCUUGCAGAAUUGCAAUCAAUCUCACUUACAGAAUCAGUGCAACCAAGUCAGAUUGGAAAUACUCAUUCCCAACUCCAACCCUCUGUUGAUGUAGAACGUUUCCCUGGAGAUGCAGAUGUGUUAGGUGACCAAGAUUGUAUGUUACUAUGUAGGGAUAUUACAGAAGUACAUGUGCUGCAAAAUGAGGGUGUUGGUACAGUAGAAGAGCAUGAAGCCACUAGCGAAUUGAUCAGGGUGAGGAAAAAUGACUGGGGCAAGGAAGAACGUCAAGAAACAAAAAAUAUAAAUGAAGCACACACUGAACUAGCAAAAGCAGGAGAUGGUGAGUGUUUGAAGCUUUUCAGCGCUAUAAAGAGGAAGAAAAAGGCAAAGGAAGAUCAGACAAAUGAUGAAGAAAACAGGAAGACUGAGACAUCUAGCUCCAAAAAAAUGAGUGAAGGCAGCUCUCCGCAUCAUCAGACAACUACCAUAAGGCAUACAAAUGCCACUGACACAACACUGAGUGCAUCCACAGAAUAUACUCAAGAAGAUACUCCAAAAUCCAUGAAUGUCUUCAGUUUAGAUGUUAAAGCAAUGGAUGCUAUAGAAAGCAAAGGUGACAUGGAUUCCCCAGAGAAUACAGAUAGACAGCUGAGUUCAAGCACUGCACUUGUAGGUAGUAGCCAUGCCAGUGCCACAAGCAAUCAUCCUACCGAUAUAAAAUCAACAGACUUUAAGUGUACCAUUAAGAAGCAAGUUCCUAAUUCAAGAGACAUUUCAGAGACAUCCAGAGCUGAGUCUGAGCCACCGAUAACCGCUGCAGUACCAUUACAGCUGGAGUUCAGCAUCCAUUCAGAAGCAGGCUCAAAGGCGCAGACUGAGGCCUCGGACAGUAAUGACUGCUUACAGGCAGAAGAAAUGUCCAAAGCCAAGACAAAUGUGUCUGGAAGUGAAGGAGAUCAAUGUGAAGAUUUCAAGGACAAGCAAACAAGGACAGCAAAUGAGCCUGCCCGAGCAUCAGCACUGGACCCCUUUUUGGAUAUCAGCACAAAUAUUCACCCUGUAAUGGAUACCAGUGAUAAUCCAACACCUAGGGAGGCAACCUGGCUUCUAGAGCCAUCACUUGCAGAAUUGGAGAACCAACUAGGAAGGGCUGUUCUUAGGAUUCUGAAAUGUCGAAAUCAGCCAGCCCGGCUUAGCACUGAACUAAUGAGCCAGCAACUUCAGGAAGCAGAGAGCUGCAGACAGUAUGUUGAGGAGCAGUUGGCUUCACAGUCUCAAUGUAGAGGCCCUGGUCUCUCCCAGCUCAACCAAAGUAUGGUGAAGAGAUGGACUUCAGCGCUGUUGGAUGCUACAGCCACAGUACAGGUUAAAGAGUCCCAGCUCCAAAAGGUCACACAAUAUCACCUACAAAUACAGGCCCUCCAAGAUACACUUCAAGAACUGGAGCAAGAACUGGAGGAUUCACUGAGCCUGGUUUCUUUGAAAAGCAGUGCUGUUCAAGCAAAAAAACUGUAUGCAUUGCUCAAGCACAUGAAGCAGAAGAAGAGCCUGCUGGAAGAACUGAUGCAUACAUGUUGCCAUGUGUCACCCUAUUUGGGAGAGGCAGAGGGUCCAGUAGCAUGCCUAAUCCAGGUUAAGAAUUUGCAGAAAAAGUGGCAGAUUUUGGAGGGGACAGCAGACAGAACCUUAAGGCAUACUGACCAUUGUAUGUCAGAAGCUUCUAUACUAAUGAAGGAUGCUAAGGCACUUCUGGGUGAAGUAGAGGUUCUGCACACAGCUUCUUCCUCACCUUUGACUCAGAUAAAAGACUGCCAAAGAACCAAACAGGAACUGAUAACAUUCUCUGAGUUUGUGGAAUUAAAUCAACGAUACCUUUACCUCCUUGAGCUCUCACAGGCUGUUUUCCAAUGUCCACUAGGGGAGAAGGAGAAGGAAGACAUUAGCAAUGUUUUCAAAAACCUGAAAUCUCAAUUAGAUUGUGCUCAGGAGAAACUUUGUACUUAUGCUACCUGUCCCAGUGACCACUUACUGGCAGAGAUCACUAAUACUAUGAAAAGCUGGUUUGCUUGGGCAAAACAAACAGAGAGCAGAAUCACCAGGAAAAAGAGGUUAUCUCUUUUCCCUGAGGAAGCCAGUCAGCAGGUUAACAGCAUGACAAAGCUGCAGUCAGAAAUAUCCUCCAGGCAAUUCAAAUUGUCCCCAGUGGUUAUGAAAUUAAAAGAGGAGAUUGCAGGACUUAGCCAGGUGGAUUCGUCUCUUAUGUCAUCUGCACUACAGACCUUAGAGAACUUCUACAGUAAGAUCUCAGAAAAGGCAGAGAGUGUUACUGCAGAACUGAACCAAAUGCUGCAUGCUAGACAGAGACUAGACAUGCAGAUUACAGAUAUUAGCACCUGGCUGGCCUCACUCUUAGAGAAAGAGUCCAAUAAAGCUGCAGCAAUCCAGCUUGGAAGCUCUAUCACAGACUUGCGAGGCUACCAUCAAAAGCACAAAGCUACUUUAAAAGAAGCUGAGAAGCGGCUAUCAACCACUCAGACACUUCUGGAUGAGACAAAGGACAUGAUUCAUGGUCUUAGUAUUGUAGACACUUUACACCUUACCAACAAACUUACCACCUUGCAAGAAGAGAUCAGUGGGGUUGUUAAAUGUAAGCGAACCACAUGUUGGGAACUAGAGGAGCUCCUGCAUGCCCAGGAAUCUUCUACAGAAGAAUUUACUGCCAUCCAGAAGAGUUUACGUCAAAUAACAACUGACUUUGAGAAGCAAAGAUAUCCUGUAACACAAGACUCACUUGCUGCUUUUGACCCUAUAAGACACAUGCUGAUAGAGCAUCUUUCUCAAGUGCUGGAAGUUCAGCAUUGCCAGGAGAACCAGAGGAAAGACCUUUUACGGACCAUUCUGAACUUACAGGAGAAAAUGCGGCUACUGGAUCAGCAGAGCACUGAACAUGAAGAAUAUCUGACAUCCAAAAUGCAUUUGGAAAACCACUUUGAGGCAGUGAAGAAGAGAGUUCUUGAGGUCUCGGAGUGCAGCAGAGAUGCUGAUAAAAGACUCCAUAUGGGUCAAACCCUCCUAGUGGAGAUACACCUGGUGAAGAUAUCCUGUCGGAAGACAGCAGAACAACUGGAGGCCAUUUCUGGUGACCUCUUCCCAUCACAAUUAAACUCUGAGAAGCAAAAGAUUUACAGCAUGCUGCAAGGUCUUACUGCCUGGGAACAAAUUGUUAGUAGUGAUGUUAAAAAUCAGGAGGACUCCCUAUUGGCUAGCAGCCUUAGCAAUAUAAGGGAGCUGACUCCACUAAUUGAACACUUUAGGAGAGUUGAAGAGCAGCUAAAGCAGAACAGCUGCCUGGAUCCAAGUGACCAGGCCAUUACCAAAGCACUACAAACAUGCUUGACACUUGAGAGGUCAGUGGCAUCUGGGCUGCGAAUGUUGGAGAUUUGCAAAGACUGUACAGAUAUUGAAGGCUAUGGAAAAACCACCGACAUUGGAAAAAGAAUUUCCAAAGACUGUAAAAUGCAGAUGGAAAACCUUCUCAAGGCUAAGGAGGCCCUGAAAGACUAUCACAGUUCUGUCCGACGAGCUGUUGGUUUCCUUCAGCAGAUUGAGACUAAACUCUUGAUUCCAUCUGCCAGUUUCAAAGACUCUAACGAAGAACUGAACCAUACUCAACAACUUCUUACUAGUCUGUCUAAAGGAUUCCAGGAUCAUGUGACUGAAUUACAUGCCCGAUUGCCCUCACAAGCUUGUUUUUCUCCUCAAACUAAGAAGCUCCACAUCCAGGUUGUCAACCACCUCCACAUGACUGAUGCCAAAUUGGAAGCACAAGCUCAGCAAAAACUGGAGGCCCUUCAGAGGUGCUUAAUGGAACAGGCCACCCACACUAAACAGCAUGAUGACAUGACCCACCUUCUUCGAAACUUUGACUUCCAACUUUCAAACAGCUUCAGUCACAAACCGAUUUCUUUAGAAGAGUGCAAUGACCAGCUUGAAAAAAUUAAGGUGCUUCAGGAGGAGCUAGUUAACAUGAGUUCAAGGCUGGAGGAAAUGAAAGACAAAUGCCCACUGCUGAACUGUAACGUAGGUGCAGAGAAAACACUGGGACAUCUACAAAGGCAUUGGGCCUUGCUGCAGCAGCGGCUAGACUCACUGAAAUCCAGAGUAGCCCUUACAGAAACACAGUGGAAGGAAAUUAUGUUAAGAAUCAAGAGAUCCAGGGAAGCUCUUGACCAUCUUCAACACAGCCUCUCUGAGAUCUCCAAGAUGAAGGGAUCUCUUGGGAAGCUUCAAGAGAUCCUGGGACAAACCGAACAGCUCCAAAAUGAACUGGACCAAGAGCAGCUCACUUUGGUCUCUCUUCGACGCUGUGAAUCACGACUGCUGAGUGCCUCAAACCUUCAUGAAUAUAACACUUCCAGUCAGAUAAGACAGGAACUGCAGUCACUGCUGAGCCGUUGUGGAAGUCUGAGAGAACAGAGCAGUGAGGUGAGACAUAAUGUGCUGUCUGAGAUCCAGGAGUGGGGUCGCUUUCAGGAGGAAUUGAAGGGAUUGCAGCAGAGUGUUCUCUCUCUGCUGUCAGCCCUGCAGAGCCAGUCAGAUCCCAGACAUAUACGGGAGGUUAGAGCAGAGGUAGACUCUCAGAAUGUCAAACUGCAGGACAUUAUGGACAGGGUGAGGAAGAGGAGCAAAGACCCACCUCAAGAGAUCAAGAAUUUAUAUGACCUAGUCACUCUGUCCCUGAAGGAAGCUAAGGACAAGGUGGGACAGGCUAUGGAGAGGAGUGGCUCUCUUCAGAGAAUGAGUGAGCAUGUGGACAAAGUGACUGUGGGUUUAAGCUGUGCUGAGGCCCUGCUGCAGCGGAAGAGUCCCACUGUAAAAGAAGCUGAGAGCAUACUCAAGCGGGUAUGGGAUGAAUUGGACCAGUGGCACUCACGGAUCGCUGAGCUAGAGGCAGAGGUUCAGGAGCUGGCUGAGGAGCAGCCUGAGAGAGCUCACAUACUGAUGGAUGAGCUCACAAAGCCCCUGCAGCUCUACCAGGCUGUAGCCAAGCAGGCAGAGCAGAGGACUGCCUUCAUUAACAGAAUCCCUACAUAUCUCCAAGAGUAUGAGGACGUUCUGCGUAGCUCUACAUGCUGGCUGACUGAGACUCAGUCCUGGCUAAAGACUCCUCAGACCUACACGACUGCCAAGUGUCUGCACAGCCAUGCCAACUCCCUACAGCAAAUCCAUGAACAAAUCCAGCAGGUCUCACUCUGCCAUUGCCGCACUAUGAUGCUGGAUGAGUCGGAAGGGAUGCGAGGGUCUCUGGAGGCUUUUGGGUCUUCACUCCAUGAGAUAUCAGCUGUAUGUGACACCAGCACUGAAGAGCAAAACAUGUUGCAGAUCUGCACCAACAUUAGCCACAUGCAGCACAGUGUUCUGGAGCCACUGUCUCAGCUCCAGCAUGCAGCAGCAGAGAUGGAUGCAAUUGAAGCAGAGGUGAAGACAAUGGAGAAGAGUAUCACGAAGAUCAGAAGUAUCUUAUCUACUGUAGAGACACAGGACAUACCUCUAGAGGAGCAUCUUCAAAACAGACAGGUAAUCCUGGAAAACCUGCAGGCCAUGCAGAGGACCUUAGCUGAGAUCGAGAGGUGCAGGGAUGGCCUGGGUCUGCCUACAGGAGCCGAACUCAGUCUCUCAGUCUUCCACAGAGCCGAGCAGCUUCAUCCCCAUAUCAGUGAGCUCCAGCAACUCACUGAGGAGCAAAGCACUGCAUUGAGGGCUGCUGUUGGUCACUCCGUGGCUCUUAUCUCUCCGUCUGAUGGAGGAAUGGUAUCAAGUACUGGCCUUCACUGCUCUAGGGAUGUGAUGCAGGUGCCUAUGGAAACAACAUACUCAAAGGAAGAUGAUGAUGAUGAUGAUGAUGAUUAUGAGGAUGAAGGCAGUCACUCUUCGUCCUCUGAGACUCUUACUUGCAGUGCUCCAGAGGACCCAGAUGAGAUUUCAGUAGGUGAAAAUCCUGGUGAAACCAGUGGUGCCACUGUGGUCCAAGUGUCUGUCACUAAGGAAUCUUUUCCUGGAGCAACAGAAAUGCCAGUGGAGACUAAACUAGAAAGUGUUACUUCGUCUACCGAGCUUAAAACAACUAUUUCAAAUACAACAAACAGCAGGUCAGUUGAUGAUGACACAGCUCAUGUGUCUGUUACAACUCCAGCAAUGUUAUUACCUGUGACAGUUGAUCCUGCUGUGCAACUGAACAUACCAACUAAAGAAACUGAGGAAACACCGGAGGACAAUAAAUAUCCGGAAACAACAGAGAUGCCUGAAGGAGUGACACAUAAAAAUGAACUAAAACCAGAGCAGACAGGAACAUCUGCUGUAAAGCCGGGACCGGUUUGUAAAAACAAGAACGUUGCAGACAUGAAGACUGAGUCCAGCAUUCAAGAAAUAUUAACUGAUCAAGUUGAGGAGUCCAGAUCCAAACCUACUGAGAAAGAAAAUAGGACAUGCACUGCGGUCAGUGAGGAUCAUAAGCUAGUUGAGACUACAGUUCCUACACUGGACACAGACACCAUCUCUCAGGAGGACAAAGCACUGGACCCAGUGGAUGAAGCUCCUGCUGAAACCACCUCUGCCAUUGUGGUCCAAGUGUCUGUCACUAAGGAAUCUCCUCUUAAAGAAAUUGAAAAGUCAAUGGAGCCUGUACCCUUGAAAACUGAGACUAAACCUGAAAAUGGUACUUCAUCUAAACAAAAGUCAUUUGCUAAAGACGCUGGUCCUGUAUCUGCCACCAUUUGUCUACAACAUCUUGAUACAUCAAUACCUGUGACACCUGAUCCUGCUGUGCAACUUAACAUAUCAGCUAAAAUAACCAGUAACGAGACCGAGGAAAUGCUGAAGGACAUCAAACAGGCAGAAGCAAUGGAAAAGCCUGAAGGAGUGACAGAGAAUGAUACACUAAAACCAGAGUUGAUAGGGGCAUCUAAUGUAAAGCCUGGACUAGUUAGUAAAGACAAGGACAUUGUAGACAUGGGGACUGAGUCAGACCUUCAGGAAAUGUUGGAAGAGUCCAAAUCCAAACCCAUAGAGAAAGAAACAGUGAGACAAUCUGCAGUCAGUGAAGAUCAACAGAGAGCUGUCUCCUUCUUGGCUGUAGUGCCUAUAGUGGACACAAACACUACUCCUCAGGAGGACACAGCACUGGAGGUACAGAAGGAGCUACAAGAGCAGAGAGAUCUGAUAGAGGCCAUUGCUCGCCAGAACAGUAGCGCUGAUCUGGAGCAGGAGGACCAGACACAGUCUCAGAAACGUGCAGGAUCCAUUGGUGGGGGUCUGUAUGUUUCUGAGCAGCCAACAGAGAUGGAAGUGACCUGGGCCCAGCUUCACCUGAGACUAGACCUUCUGCUGGACUCAGUAAACACUAAGCAGGACAGAACUAAAUUAGAGGUGAAAAGUGUAGCUGAGGAUGAAGUGGGUAAUGAUGCUAGAUCUUCUAUCACCCAGGAAAUGCAUGGGCAUGCUGAGCGACUUCGGCUUAUCCAUAAUAAGAGACUCAGCCUGGCCACUCCAGCUGGUAUUGUUCAAUCUGAGCUGUGUGAGGCCUUGACUUGUCUGAGUUACACACUCUCAAGAAUCACACACACACUUCAGUCUCCAUCAGAGAGGAGCAGAGAGACCAGCCAGCUCCAUCUGCUCAAUAUGCAGUGUCUGUCAUCACAGCUGGCUUCUAUUAGCAGUAUGAUAAACAGUAUGGGCCCAGAAAUCACUGUCUCUGAGGUCUCGGAUGCAAAGUCCUGUCUGGAGCGACUCAGUAGCUGCAUAUCCUCCAUUCAGAGAGCCUUAUCAUUGCAAGAGGAGCUGCUGAGUAGGCAGCUAGGUCAUACUCCACAACUUCAGAUUGCAGAGCAGUUGCUUGAAAGUCCAGUAUCUGUACUGGAGGCCAAAGGAGCGCAGCAUAGUAAAUCAACCAGCUUCAUUCAAGAUCUGCCCAGCCUACAGGGUGUGGAGGGCAAGGUGUGGAGUUCCGUGCGAGAGGACAAGAGGACAGAGCAAGAGGUUUCAGCACUACACCGCUGCUAUCAGGCUAAUCUACAGGGCCUGAGGGAUAUGUUGGAGCUGGGCUCCGAGCGACUUCUACACAGCCAAGUCACGCAUCAGCACAGCUGCAGCCAACUCCAGAGCCUGCUUAGAGGACACAAGAGGUACUUCAAGGAGUUGAGGUGGUACCAUGCGAUGAUCCAGCAUCUAUCCAAGCAGAUACCAGAAGGAGCAGUGCAAGAUCAAGAAGAAGUUGAACAGUUGAUCUCUAAGCUCGUACUGCAGGCUUCAGAACAAGGAGUUCACAUACAGCACAACUUAGAGGAGUGCUCUCGAUAUGAAGAGAUGGGAGUGAAACUGGGGAGGCAGCUGGAAAAGCUGGAGGCAGCAAUGCCCAGUAAUGAUCUGAACUCAGAACCUGAAUCACAACUACGAGACCGACUGCAGGCCUACCAGCAGUUGCAAAGGCUCCUUGAGGACAGCAGGCCCCAGUUGGAGCUUCUGCAAGCCCAGGGUUUGUUUCCUGAGAGAGUGAAUCAUGCUGGUCCAAUUUCAGAGCUUCAGAGUAACUGGCUAGCUCUCCACAGACAGCUGGAGCAGGAGAUCCAACGCACAAAGGAGAUGCAAGUCAGCUAUGAUAGGUUUAUUUGCAGUUCUGCUGAACUGGAAGUUUGGAUUGCUUCUGUACUUGUAAAUGUGCAGCUGUGGAACAAUCUCUGUGAUCCUAACCCACCUGAUUCAGAGUUUCUUCUGCCAAAUAUCAUGAACUUCUUUAAGGAGCUGGAAAGAAGGUCUGUACAGAAGGCCACUGCAGUGAGAGCAGGCACGCAGGUCCUGCAACUGUCAGACACUGAGGCUCCUGAACUACGCCAACAUUUGGUUCAGCUUGAGAAAGACUGGACAGAGCUCACUAAUGCUGUACCGUCUGUUCAGCACACACUGCAACAGCUGCUAGCAGGUCUAGGUCAGAGUGAGGUCAGGGCUUAUCUGUCCACCUGGCUGGAGCAAAUGAAGAGCAGACUGGAGGAGGAGAGCUCCAGAGAGCAUCAUGUCCUGAACUCUACUGAGCUCACCACUCUUCUACAGCAUCUGAAGGACUUUAAAGCAGAAAUGACAAGCCGGCAGCCAUGUGUAGACUUCCUCAACCACUCUGUAGAAGAGGCGGGCUUUGUGGAUGAUGCAGCCAAUCGUAAUGAGCGUUUGACCCUUGCUGAGCAAUUGGGAGCCCUCAAUCUAGAUUGGAUCCUCCUACAUAGAAAGAUUGACAUCAAGAUGCGAGAAAUAGAGCACAAAAAGCAGGACUGUGCACAGAGAGAGGGACGUCUGCGGCAACUCUGCAGCUGGAUCUCAGUGCAGGAAAAGAAGAUGAGAGUGAAUGGGAGGCCAGCUGGCUGGACACAGAUACAGCAAGCUUUAAAGGAUUCUGAGGAGGAGGAGGAAAAGUUAAAGCUAAAAUCCACUGAGCUUCUGCAGUUGAGAACUCUUCACAUGUUAGGGCAGAAGGAUGGCCAGCACCCAGGAGAUCAGACAUUCUCCUCGCAGGUGGAGAGCACCAGUGAGCAGUGCCAGACUCUGAGGCAACAGAUGAGUGUUGUUCGGGGUGUUCUGGUCGGGCUGAAGGAGCAGUGGGCUCAGUUGGACGCAGCACUAAGGGAUGUAGCACUACACACUAUUGGCAUGGCCUAUAAGCUGGAGUGCAGCAAGAUCCCUACAUUGUCACUCCAGCAAAGCAAAGAACAUGUAGAUCAGCUUCAGGAGCUUCAGAUGGAGGUAGAAAGAUCAGAGCAGACUUGGACAAACUUGGCCAGUCUUUUUUCAGAAAUGAAAGACAAAAUCCACCCUGGUGCUGCUGUUCUUCUGUCUAAUGAAUUGGAUCAAAAGAAAGCACGGUGGGCAGCUGUGGUGCAUGACAUCAGUUUGGAGCUGCAGAAGGCUCAGAUGGAGCUGCAACUCUGGCAGGAGUACAGGCUGCUAUAUGAGGGCUGCUCUGAGCAUUUGAACCAUUACCGGGAGCAGUAUGAGGCUUUUCUGAGCCUGCUGAAAAACCAGGAGUAUGACAACGAGCAGCUUCACAGCAGGAUCAACAACAUCAGUGAGUUGGAGGACAAACUGGAAGCAUUGCAGGGUAAUGUUGGAAAUGUAUUAGAAGCUUCUAAGCUUCUUAUGGUACAGUUAGACCCCCAGGCAGCCCCUGUUAUCCAAUCAGAGGCCAGGCUUCUCUCACGUGGUCUUGUGCAUCUGAGCCAGGCACUAGAUAAAACACGGGAACAACUCCAGGAGGAGCUGGAACAUCAUGUCUGUUUCAGUACUGAUUUGGAAUCACUAAUGCAGUGUCUCAGAAGAUCUGAAAGUGUGUUGACCUCACCCACCCAGCACACCCCACCCACAAGCAUUGAGCACCUAAAGCUGGCUCUUUUGGAGUUGAGUGCACUGACCCCUGACCUCGGAGCCCUGAAUGAGCGGAGCCUCAGAUUGCCAAUUACCGCUUCUGAGGCUGAGCAGCUGCAGGUCCUCAAUACACACUGGGUGCAGGUCUUCACCCAGGCCAUGAACAGGCACAGGGAAAUGUAUAGUGUGCAGUUGUGUGAUCAAAGCUUCCAGCAGAAGUGCCAAGCUUGGAUGGUUCUACUGGAGAAACUGGAAUCCGGACUCUCCAAUGACAUUUCUGGAAAUGAUUCUUCUAUGAGAGAACAGCUUGCUCUACACCAGAAGCUGAAGAUGGAAGUGCUGAUUGGCCAGCAGCUCCUGGAUGCUGUGGUCAGAGAGGCAUUGAGGCUUUUGGAUGAAAAUCAGGUAGAAGACAGGAAGGAUCUGAUUCUGAGGUUGACCCAGCUGAAGGAGCGAUGGCGGGGAACACUGCGUAGGGUUCAGCAGCGCAGCAGGUGCCUGGAGCAGCAAACCGAACAAUGGAGGCUGUAUAGAACAGGCCUGAAAAGACUUUGGAGACUUCUGAAGGACUUAGAACAUUUACUGUCACCUGCUGGUUUGGCACCUUGCAGUUUUCAACAGCUUAAACAAUCCAUUCAGGACUAUGAGCAGGCUCAGGAGAAGCUGAGCGAUCAUGAGGAGCUCUACACCCAGACUGUGCAGGUGUGCAGGCAGAUCUUACCCCUGGCAGAUGUACGGACACAAGCUGAGCUGAAGGCUGAAAUUGAGACUUUGCAGGAAGCCUGGGAGCAAAGUAAUGGUCUGAUUGUGAAGAGGAAGGCUCUCUCUGAAACAGUCAUUCAGAACUGGAGUUGCUGUGAGGAUGGACUUGCUGAUAGUGCGCUCCAUCUGAGAGAGAUUGCUGUCAAACUAAAGCAGCCACUGCCAGACAACAUAGAGCUUCAGGAGAAGCUCUUCAAGGAGGACGAGAACUCUUUGGAGCUGUGGGCUGGAGGAUUGAGGGAGCUGGUCACCAUGAAGACAGACAUCUCGCAGUAUGUGCUGCCCACAGACACGAUGCUUCUCCAGGGACAGGUGGAGGAACUGCACAGCCAGUGGGAAGAACUUUGCCUGAAGGUGUCCAAGCGUAAACAAGAGAUUGCCGACCGCCUGAAUGCUUGGACCAUUUUCAACGACAAACACAAGGAGCUUUGCGAGUGGUUAGCACAGAUGGAGAGAAAGGUUAUACACAGCAGCGAUUACUUCAGCAUCGAGGAGAUGGUUGAGAAACUGAAAAAGGACUGCAUGGAGGAGAUUAACCUCUUCAGCGAGAAUAAGAGCCACCUUAAGCGGCUGGGGGAGCAGCUGCUUUUAGCUAGCGACCAAGCCAAAGAGGCCAACAUCCAUGGUGUACUGCAAGAUGUCAGUGACCGUUGGCAGCAUCUGUUUGACCACAUUGAAGCCAGAGUGAACAAGCUGAAAGAGACUCUGGCUGCUGUGCAGCAACUAGAUAAGAACAUGAGUAACCUGCGGAGCUGGCUGUCGCGCAUUGAGGCGGAGUUGACCAAGCCUGUACACUACAGCAUCUGCAAUGUAGAAGAGAUCCAGAAGAGAAUGGAAGAGCAGCAGGAGCUGCAGCGGGACAUUGAGCAGCACACAGAGGGCAUAACAUCUGUCCUCACUUUGUGUGACAUGCUGCUGCAUGAUGAGGAUGCCUGCAGCAGCAACAGUGAAAAUGAUUCUAUCCAGCUGACCACUCACAGUCUGGACCAGCGCUGGAGAAACAUCUGCUCCAUGUCCUUAGAGAGGAAGAUAAGGAUUGAGGAGACAUGGAGGCUGUGGUGUAAGUUUCAGGAAGAUUACUUGCAAUUUGAAGACUGGCUAAACAUAGCUGAGCACACUGCUGCUGAACCCGAGUCAUCUGAUGUUCUUUAUACCGUGGCUAAAGAGGAGCUCAAGAGAUAUGAGGCAUUCCAGAGAGAGGUACAUGAAAAGCUGGCCCAACUAGAAAUGAUUAAUAGCCAAUUCCGACGGCUGGCCCGGGAGAACCGCACUGACUCAGCAAACAGGCUGCAGACCAUGGUGCACCAGGGCAACCAGCGCUGGGACGCUCUGCAUAAAAGAGUGGCAGCCAUACUGCGCAGGCUGAGGCAUUUUACAGCUCAGAGAGAGGAUUUUGAGGGGACACGGGAGAGCCUGCUGGUCUGGCUGACUGAGAUGGACUUGCAACUUACCAAUGUGGAGCACUUCUCAGAGAGUGACAUUGAACACAAGCUGAAAAAGCUCAAAGGUCUCAAGAAGAAGAUAACUCGGAACACAGAUAAGAUCGACGCUCUGAUUGUGUUCGGUGAGGGUCUGAUUCAGAGGAGUGCUCCCCUGGAUGCUGUGCUUAUAGAGGAUGAGCUCGAAGAACUGCAUUCCUACUGCCAGGAAGUGUUCAGCCGAGUUGGCUGCUUCCACCAGCGCCUCACCAGGCCUCAGCCUCUGUUGGACAAACCCGAGCUCUGUAUCAGCAAGAGCACUGCAGGGAUGGAAGUUUCUGAUGUAGCCGACGCAAGCAAUGACACAUUCACCAGCCAGGCCUCCAUGUCCCUCCUGGCUCCCCCACAGGAACGGUCAGGCUGUGAGACACCGCUCAGUGUUGACUCCAUCCCCCUGGAGUGGGACCACACUGGAGAUGUGGGUGGUUCCUCCUCACAUGAGGAGGAUGAUGAUGCAAGUUUCUUCAGCUGCCUCUCAGGUGUGGAGGUCACAGAGAGCUCUGAGGCCAUUGUAAACUCCACAGUGCAGUCUCUUACAGUGACCUCGGUCCCAGGAAAAGAUGUGGUGGCUCAGAGCUGGCACUCACAGGCUGUUCCAGAUAAAAUCCCCCUUUCCCUUCCUGAUACAAAAGAACACACACCUGAUCUUCCUGUACAUGAAAGCACACCCUAUAAACAAGGCUACGUUCAGCUCAUGUCUGAAUGCAGCAGUAGCAUUGAGAAUGUGAAAAAGGUCUCACUCAUCCUGGAUAAUGAUGAACAGCAUGAGGACCAAGGAGGUCUCACCAGCCUCACAGCUGCAGACACGCAGUCAAGAGUGAUCGAGCGCUGGGAGCUCCUCCAGGCACGUGCAGUCAGAGAGGAGCAGUGCUACAACAGAGACCGGGAACAGCUGAUGUCUGACCUGCACGACAUCACUUCCUGGCUGGGCCAGGUCAUCCCUGAGCUUGAGAAACUCCAAAAUGCAGAGACAACAUGUGUUAGUGUGCAGAUCAUGGAGGCCAGGGUCAAACAGCUAAAGGACAUGCAGAAGGCUUUUGCACGGUAUAAGACGCUGAUGCUGAGUCUGAACCUAGGUGGGCGGGAGCUGCAGUGUGAAACAGGUCCAGAGGUGCAGCAGCUACAGGAAGACUUGUGCAGCAUGAACCGAAGCUGGGCCGAGGCCUGUGUGAGCCUGGAGGAGUGGGAGGAGAAUCUGAGAAAGUCCUUCAUGCAUUGCCAAGAGUUCCAUGAGACAUUGCACUCACUCUUGCUGUGGCUGGCCCAUGCUGAGAGCAGGAGAUUCACCGUUAAUGUCCAUGAUCCAUCUGUACACAUAUCCGUGCUGCAUGAACACAGGACUGCACUGAUGGGUCUGGAAGAGGAGCUGAAGGCCAGGCAGAUGCGAGUGACAUCUCUGCAAGAGCUCACCACUGAGCUGCUCCCUGAGUCAGGGCCUGAGGACGACUAUGAGGCCACAGAGAAGCUCCACGUCAUCCGUAACAAAUUACGGCUGCUGCUGCGUCAGGUCAAGCAGGACCUCCAAACUGUUCAAGAGCGUUUGGACUCCUCUGAGGCAUUGGCUGUGAGUAAAGGACAAGAUCCUGGAUCUUCAUCUAUGGAGCUAACAGCAAGUAGAUCAUCCAGCGCCACCAGGAUGCAGAAUAGGGAUUCUUCCCCACCGCGGUCUUUCUUCUAUCGGGUCCUGCGAGCUGCCUUCCCGCUCCACCUCCUCUUCCUCCUGCUGCUGGUUUUCGCCUGCCUGGUGCCACUGUCCGAAGACGACUACAGCUGUACUCUAUCUAACAACUUUGCCAGAUCAUUCUAUCCUAUGCUGCGCUACACUAAUGGACCUCCUCCAACUUAAUACAAUUGCACACACGCAAGUACUGACCAACUGGUCUACUUCCAAAGGUGAUUCUUACAAACUCUAUUAGCACUCGGUGUGGGAGAGCAUAUUGCUACUGUCCAAAAUGUUUUAAUAAGUGUAUUUAUAAAAUUGAUUUUAUUCUAUUUAUUCCCUAAGAAAAGCCAUACUACUGAGAACUUUUUAAAAGAUAAAUCAACUCCUAAUUUUUAUUAUAUAUGUGUUCUUUUACUAAUGUGACUGCGGGAAUGUCAAGGCACAUAAUCAUCGUACCCCGUUGAUACAUUGGCUUACAAUCUCUUUUCAGGCAUUUAAGUUUAAGAGAGAAAAACCAUUGUAACCAGUUGUGUUGUUAUUUCAGACAUUCUUAUUCCAACUUAAACAUGCAUCAUUUGGAUAGAUAGAGAGAAUGGUGACUGAUAAUACCAUGUAUGACUGUAUAAAUGUGUUUUAUGCUAAACAGUAUGUUUUCUUUACAGAACCAGCGUGUUUAAAUGCCUCUAAAUUUAUUUUUUACUUUAUUAAGACAUGGAUUGCUAUUAAAAAAACCUAUAAUUUGUAUAUUCGUUGCUCCAAGCCUUAUUUUUAAUUUCCAUUAGCGUAACUAGACUGUUGAUCAUUAUGAAUAUUGCGUUCACUGGAACAGGCAUUGACCCCAAGAACUUAAUGUGCCCUGCAAUUCAUUUCUGAACUUCCAAAGUUCUUGUUUAUUUCCUCUUAUUUGGUAAUAAAUUUUAUCUUGCACAA